UUUUUUUUCAUUGACAGAAAAAUUAGGCCAAAGAUGACAUUCAUGAUGUUCUUGCAAAUAUUUGUAUUGGGUCUUCUAGGGCCAGUGAUUGAUCAAAAUUUUUACUAUGCUGGGCUUAAAUAUACAUCACCAACAUUUUCAUGUGCCAUGAGCAACAUGUUACCUGCUAUGACAUUUGUCAUAGCAGUCCUAUGCAGGAUGGAGAAAGUGGACAUAAAGAAAAUUAGAUGCCAAGCAAAAGUGUUGGGGACUAUAGUAACUGUGGCAGGUGCCAUGUUAAUGACAUUAUACAAGGGCCAUGUUGUUAAUUUAAUUUGGUCAAAUCAUAUAAAUUAUAAUGUCACUGAAAUUACUAAUGGAACUUAUGAUAAAGAUUGGGUAAAAGGUUCAAUUUUCUUAAUUCUUGCCACUCUUGCUUGGGCUUCUUUCUUCAUUCUUCAGAAUAUAACGAUGAGGAAGUAUACAGCUCCGUUAUCUCUAAUUGCGCUUGUUUGCUUCAUGGGAACCUUGCAAUCGAUCGCUAUAACAUUUGUAAUGGAGCACAAAAAUUCUGUUUGGACUAUCGGAUUUGACAUGAACCUUUUUGUUGUUGCCUAUGCGGGAAUUGUAUCAUCAAGUAUUGCAUAUUAUGUACAAGGAAUUGUUAUGGAGAAAAAAGGACCAUUUUUUGUGACAUCAUUUAGUCCAUUAAUGAUGAUUAUUGUUGCAAUUAUGGGUUCUUUUAUUCUUGCUGAAAAAUUAUAUAUUGGAGGAAUUAUUGGUGCAGUGCUAAUACUGGCAGGGAUAUAUUUUGUUCUAUGGGGAAAAUACAAGGAAUAUAAAGAAAAGGAAAUUGAAGAAGUUCUAAUUCAUGAACCAGUGAAGGGCAUUAUUGGAAAUAAUAAAAUGAUGAUUCUUCAAAAUAAUGAUAUAGAAAUGCAAAAAAAUUAUGAAAACAAAAUCCCAAUUCCAAUAAUAUCCAUUCGUGUAUCAAAAGCUUAAAUUUUUUGUUUAGAAAUUAGAAGCCCAAAACAAAAAAAAAAUAGAAGAAAGAAGGGCAUUUUUGUCUUUUACAUGUCAAUUUUUUUUUUUAAUUUUUUGGAGGGUAUUUUUAGUUUCUUUUUAAAAAUUUUAGGUGCCUGUUAAAUUAUAAAGGCUCUAUAAUAUGUAACUUUUUGGGGUAAGCUUAUAGUUAAUUUAUGACAUUUUUACAAGUU